AUGGCUCCUCAUGGUGAGGGAUCGGAGGAAGCCAUGGUUGUUCAGGAUGAGAACCGCAAACCCAUUUCCUCCAUCCUCAUCCUCAUCGCUAUGCAAACAGAAGCCAUGCCUGUUGUUAACAGGUUUCAGCUCAAAGAAGACCUUGAUUCUGUGUUUCCGAAAGGGGUGCCUUGGGUCAGAUAUCAUGGUGUUUACAAAGAUCUCCACAUCAACUUAGUAUGGCCUGGAAAGGAUUCAACUCUGGGGGUUGAUAGUGUAGGCACAGUUUCUGCAUCUCUUGUGACCUAUGCUGCUGUCCAAGCAUUACAGCCAGACUUAAUUAUCAAUGCAGGCACUGCUGGUGGCUUUAAGGUCAAAGGAGCAUCCAUUGGUGAUGUGUUUCUUGUAUCUGAUGUUGCUUUCCAUGACAGAAGAAUCCCUAUUCCUGUUUUUGAUCUCUAUGGAGUUGGUUUGAGGCACUCCUUCUCAACACCUAAUCUCUUGAAGGAGCUUAACCUAAAGCUUGUCAACACUGGUAGGCUCUUGCCAGUUCUGAGAUUGAGUCCAAAUAAUCCUAAGACUGGGAAAUUAUCCACUGGAGACUCUCUGGAUAUGUCCCCACAAGACGAAGCGUCAAUUGUUGCAAAUGAUGCUUCAGUUAAAGACAUGGAGGGAGCCUCUGUUGCUUAUGUGGCUGAUCUUUUGAAAGUCCCUGCAAUAUUCGUAAAAGCUGUGACUGACAUAGUGGAUGGUGACAAGCCAACUGCAGAGGAGUUCUUGCAGAAUCUGGCUGCGGUGACGGCUGCACUUGACCAGGCAGUUACCAAAGUGGUUGAUUUCAUCAGCGGAAAGUGUAAGUGCAGGGGUCUGUAUAACAUCUUAUCUCAGCUUGCCAACAUCUCUUCCAGCAUCGAUAACAUGGGGAGCAAACAGAUCGAACAAGGAGGCUUGACAAUGAAGGCCAACCCUGGCAAAGCUACAAUUCUGGCUCUUGGCAAGGCAUUCCCUAACCAGCUAGUCAUGCAAGAGUUUCUGGUUGAUGGGUAUUUCAAAAACACCAAUUGUGAUGAUCCAGAGCUCAAGCAGAAGCUAACUCGACUCUGCAAAACAACAACCGUGAAAACUAGGUACGUGGUCAUGUCAGAUGAGAUACUAAAGGAAUACCCUGAACUUGCCAUGGAAGGCCUUCCUACUAUCAAGCAGCGAUUGGAUAUCUGUAACGACGCUGUUACAAAGAUGGCUAUUGAAGCUUCACGGGCUUGCAUCAACAAAUGGGGCAGGCCUGUAUCUGAUAUAACUCACUUAGUCUAUGUUUCCUCAAGUGAAGCUAGACUACCAGGUGGCGACCUUUACCUGGCAGGAGGUCUUGGACUUAGCCCUGAAACGCAGCGUGUUAUGCUAUACUUCGCAGGCUGCUCUGGAGGUGUGGCUGGCCUUCGCGUUGCCAAGGAUAUCGCUGAGAACAAUCCUGGAAGUAGAGUUUUGCUGGCUACUACUGAAACUACUAUUAUCGGGUUCAAACCACCAAGUGCAGAUAGACCAUAUGAUCUAGUUGGGGUUGCACUCUUUGGCGACGGUGCCGGAGCCAUGAUAAUAGGCACAGAUCCAGUUCCAGUCACUGAAAGUCCUCUCUUUGAGCUUCACACGGCGAUCCAGAAUUUCUUGCCGAACACUGAAAAGACUAUUGAUGGCAGGCUAACGGAAGAGGGCAUCAGCUUCAAGCUAGCAAGGGAGCUUCCUCAAAUAAUUGAAGAUAACAUUGAAGGAUUCUGUCACAAGUUGGCAGGAGUUGCUGGACUGACUGACAAGGAUUACAACAAGAUGUUUUGGGCAGUCCAUCCAGGAGGCCCUGCAAUCUUGAAUCGGAUAGAAAAGAGACUUGAUUUGCUUCCUGACAAACUAAAUGCUAGCAGAAGAGCUCUAAUGGACUAUGGCAAUGCUAGCAGCAACACCAUUGUUUAUGUGCUGGAGUACAUGAUAGAAGAAAGCAGGAAGAUGAAAGAGGGUACUGCAAGUUGUGAUUGGGGCCUGAUACUGGCUUUUGGACCCGGAAUUACCUUCGAGGGAAUUCUUGCGAGAAACCUAGCUAUCUAA